CCCACCGCCGCGCUGCAGUCCCUCCCUGGCACAGAAGACCCAUCAUCGACCUGCCCGACUCCACACGGACGGAGAAAUGAUUUCGUCCCCCGCCAUCUACACUGUACUAACCUGAGCGCGUGACGGCUCUGAUUCGCGGAACAAACACAUUCAAACACACACGUACAGAAGAGCCGCACAGGUCUGCUGUUUACAGACCCGCAGCUCGGCGUCGGACAGUCCCAACCGCACCACGGACCAUGGCGGAGAGAAGCGGCCGGCUGAGUUUCCCCGGGAGCGGGGCUCUCAACAGACCUGUGCCCAUGAACCUGUUUGCAACGUGGGAGAUAGACGGAUCCUCCCCGAACUGCAUCCCGAGAUUGUGCAGUCUGACUCUGAAGAAGCUGGUUGUGAUGAGGGAACUCGAUAAGGAGCUGAUUUCUGUGGUCAUUGCAGUUAAAAUCCAGGGCUCCAAACGUAUUUUAAGGUCCCAUGAGAUUGUGCUGCCACCCAGUGGGUCAGUGGAGACCGAUCUGGCUCUCACCUUCUCACUGCAGUACCCGCACUUCUUAAAACGAGAAGGAAACAAGCUGCAGAUCAUGCUCCAAAGGCGGAAAAGAUACAAGAAUCGAACUAUCUUAGGCUACAAGACCCUUGCAGUGGGAUCUAUUGAUAUGGCAGAGGUGAUGCAGCACCCGACCGAGGGAGGUCAGGUUCUCCCUCUCUGCAGCAACCAGAAAGACAUGCUUGGCAAAGUUGCAGAGAUCUGGAUCUUUUCCCUGUCCAGUCAGCCAAUAGAUCACGAGGAGGCAGCCCUGCAGGGAGGACAGAAGAUCAAAUGCUCUGAUAACUACUCGGAGGAAGAGUAUGAGAGCUUCUCCUCGGAGCAGGAGGCCAGUGAUGACGCCGUGCAGGGACAGGAUCUUGAGGAUGAUGAGUUUGAUGUGAGGAAGCCAAAAAAGCAGAGAAGGUCAAUCGUAAGGACUCCCUCCAUCACCAGACAGCAGAACUUUAAGCAGCGAGUUGUGGCUCUCCUGAAGCGGUUCAGAGUUUCAGAUGAGGUGUUGGACUCGGAGCAGGACCCUGCAGAGCCGCCUCCUGAAGUAGAAGAAGAGGAUCUGGAUCUGGACAGUGUGGAAUUCGAGAAUCCCAGCGACAGCGGUCCGGAGCUGGAUGAUGACGACAGUGUCCUCAGCACACCAAAACCCAAACUCAAGCCAUAUUUCGAGGGUCUCUCCCUCUCCAGCUCUCAAACUGAGAUCGGCAGCAUCCACAGUAGUCGGAGCCACAGGGAGCCUCCCAGCCCGAUCGAUCUGGAUAAAACCAACUGUGGUGGAACCAAGUUUCCAGACGAUGGUGUGUCUGAUAAUGCCUCCUUUGAACAACCAGAGGCGGUGACUCCCACCACAGAGCUGGAGAUGGAUAAUAUGGACACAUUUUUGGAAAGACUGCCACCAAGUGGCAAAAUGACCAAAACAGAAUCCCUCAUCAUUUCAUCCAACAGGCAGGAACCAAAGUUGGCUGGGAGACGAGGCAGGAGCACAUCCUUGAAGGAGCGCCAGCCCAGCAGACCACAGAACGAGAGGGCCAACAGCCUGGACAACGAGCGGUCUCUGGAUACCCGCUGCCACCUACAGAUCCCAAGAAAAACUGUGUAUGACCAACUAAACCACAUCCUGGUUUCUGAUAACCAUCUCCCCGACAGCAUCAUCCUCAUCAAUACGUCCGACUGGCAGGGCCAGUAUCUUUCGGAUAUGCUGCAGAACCAUCACCUGCCAGUGGUGUGCACCUGCACCACAGCCGACAUCCAAGCUGCGUUCAACACCAUUGUGUCUCGCAUACAGCGAUUCUGCAACUGUAACUCCCAGACACCCAUUCCCAUAAAGAUUGCGGUGGCUGGAGCGCAGCACUACCUCAGUGCAGUUCUGAGGCUUUUCGUGGAUCACCUCUCCCACAAGACCCCAGACUGGCUCGGCUACAUGAGGUUCCUUAUCAUUCCUCUAGGUGCACAUCCAGUCUCAAAAUAUCUUGGCACUAUUGAUUAUCGAUACAACAGUUUGUUCCAAGAUGCUGCCUGGAGGGAGCUGUUUCACAAGCCAGAAGCUCCUGUUGUUGCCCAGGAGUCCCCAGAUGUGGUGUCGAGAGUAACGCAAUACAUGGUGGGAGCUAAUGGGGCCCACCAGCUUCCCAUUGCAGAAGCCAUGCUCACUUACAAACAGAAGAGGAAAAAGAGCUUUCAUUUUGAUUUUGCAGUAAGUCCCGAUGAGGAUUCAUGUCAGAAGUUCAUCCCAUUCAUUGGGAUGGUGAAAGUUGGUAUUGUGGAGCAAACAUCUGCAACAUCAGGAGAUUCUGAUGAUGCAGCACCUCUGGGCUCUUCACUGCUCUCCUCCACCCCUCCACAAGUAUCGCCUGCUCUGAAAGAAGCCUCACCCACACCACCCUCCUCUCCCUCCGUCAACACCAGCUUUUGUGCUUACAGUUCCAGUGGUCAGGCGGAGCUGAUGGGUCUUCAGGUGGAUUACUGGGUGGCUCCAACAGAGAGGAAGAAAGAUGUGGAGAAGCGGGACUCCUCUUCCAAAAAUACUCUGAAGUGCAAUUUUCGCUCGCUGCAGGUCAGCCGGCUCCCACUAGGGGGUGCUGAGCCAAGCCCCCAACCCACCAUGUCCAUGACCGUAGUGACCAAGGAGAAGUAUAAGAAGGUCAUGUUUCUGCCGAAAAAGAGCAAAGACAAGGAAGUUGAGUCAAAGAGUCAAGUGAUCGAGGGCAUCAGUCGUCUCAUCUGCACUGCCAAGCACCAGCAGACCAUGCUCAGAGUGCUGAUUGAUGGCGUUGAGUGGAACGAUGUCAAGUUUUUCCAGCUGGCAGCUCAGUGGUCCUCACAUGUCAAACACUUCCCAAUUGGAAUUUUUGGACACACUAAGGGCCCUUACUAACAGCACCUAUAAAAGACUGAAUCAUGGAGGACCGCUCCCCCUCCCAUCUCCCUCGUGCCAACAGCUUUGACCCCCCUACCCCGUACUUGCCCCUCCAUAUUUCACUCUGUUCUGCUCUCUUAACUUAAAUUCCUGCUCUCCAUUGUUGUGUUUGUCCGAUUAUUUAAUCUUUUGUUGUUUGUUUGUUUUUUCCAAUUUUAUAUUUAUGUAAAAACUUCCCAGUGCAAAGCUGUCAAGGGAAUAUUUUUUGCUAUUCUU